AUGGCUUCCCAAUUUACUAUAACCACAAAUGAUGUUAUCCAACUAAAUGCUCCGUCCAACUUCCCUAUCAAACUCACCCCCACUAAUUUUCCUGUUUGGAAACUCCAAGUCCAGUCGACAUUAAUUGGCUUCAAUCUUCUUAGCUACAUUGACGAUUCUAUUAAAGAACCAACCAAGUUUAGUGGUGCUGAACAAACCACCUCGAAUCCUGCACACUUGACUUGGUAUCGUCAAGACCAAAUCAUUACCAAUGCAUUACUAGGGAGUUGUUCUGACACAAUUCAACCCUUAAUCUCUUCCGCACCCACAGCGAGUGAUGCCUGGCAACGGCUCGUUGCUAGCUAUGCUAGUGCCUCUCGAGGACAGAUCAUUUCCCUCAAGGCCAAGCUCACCAAAAACCCGAAAGGUGAUCGAUUGGUUACCGCUUUCUUGACUAAUAUGCGGUCCACACCCGACGAUCUCGCCUUGGCUCAGUCCCCAGUUUCGGAUGAUGACAUGGUGGUUUAUGUUUUAACACAGCUUGGAGACGAGUACAGACCCAUUGUCUCCGUUGUUCAUGUCCAUGACACGCCAAUCUCUUUGGGCGAAUUAGCCAAUGUUCUCACCACUGAUCAUAAACGUCACUUGAAAGAACCUGAGGAGGUUCGCCAGUCCCUGUUGGCUACUGCCAAUGCCACUGAACGCAGUUUCUGGGCUUCACCGAAUUCUCAUCAGCCCACAACCAACAGGAGAUUUCGCAGCAACAGCAACACUAACAGGCAAACACGACAGCAAAAUGGCAAUGUUGUUUUUGUUGAUCAUUUUUCUUGA